CACGGAGACGGAGCAUCUCCACGACUUGACCACCCUGACCACUCCUCCGCUUGCUGGCCUGGCUACAUAGGCAGCAGCUACACCACCAUCUGCCUCUCCAGCGCCAAGCCAAGGUUUCCGCUACACAACAAGAAAAUCCUGCGUCUAUGGUUACGAGCAAAGAUGGCCGGCCGCAACUUGGGCGCCGCAGGAGCAAACGGGUUAGCCAGGCCGCCCAAGAUCGACGUGAAGACGCUCUGGAUGUCCUCGCUUCGGUGGCCGAGUCCCGGCCCCGGCGCCGGCCAGGCCGUGGAAGCCCUGGUCACCUGCCUCUUCUUCACGUUCGUCACCGUCCUGCUGCAGGCGCUGCUCGCCAUCGCGCUGUCGGAGAAGCCGGCGCCGACGGUGCUUCCGCCUCGCGUGAACCAGUGGAUGAUGGCCCUCUCCGUGUGGACGUCCGGCGUCCUGUUCUACCUGAUCUACGUCUCCAUGGCCGGCGGGUACGCGGCGGGGCCGAGCUGCUCGGACCUGGUCAUCGCCGGGGUCGCGGGUGAUGUGAGCCUCGCCAUGACCGUCUACAACAUGCUGCAGCGCCCCGUCUUUGCUUAGCUGCGGAUGCGUGUGCCGGAUCGACCAUGAUUGAGCGAGCAUCUUGGUACCUGAAGUGUGGCGACCGUUUGCCCUUGCCUAUGGCGGUUUACCUACUACUUGCUGUACUAUUUUCUGUCUAGUGUUGGAUGUGUUAUGAGUUUAAGGUUCUCUAUCUGCUGGAAGGAUUUGACUUCAGUUAGGGGACAGGAUUAAUGUGUCAUUUUCGUGUCAGUACCGGUUUGUUUUUGGGAAGAAAGAACUAUAUUUGUAGGGAAUGUUUCAUGAAGAACUCGUUGAUGGGGAUAUGAUCUUUUC